AUGUGCAAUGAGAUAAAGGAAAUCAGAGCUAUAGGUGUCCAGGACUACAGCGACUGGUUGAACCCGAAGGAAUUUGCAUACGUACCCCAACAGCUAAGACCUUAUGAUAUAGAUAUCCAAGUCAAAGCUUGUGGUAUUUGUGGUUCGGAUAUACAUGCUGCCAAUGGUGAUUGGGGUGAACCGUAUGCCCCACUUGCCGUUGGCCAUGAAAUUGUUGGUAUUGUCGUUAAUGCAGGUCCAAGUGCUAGAUUUAAGGUAGGUGAUAGAGUUGGAGUUGGUGCACAAUGUGAUUCUUGCCAUGAAUGCAAUAGAUGUAUAAAAGGCCACCAAAACAAUUGUCACAAUGUUGUUGGUACUUAUUUAAGUUCUUACCCUUCUGGUAAACCCACUCAAGGUGGAUAUGCUUCUCAUGUCAGGGUCAACUCCGAGUUUGCAUUCAAGAUUCCAGAAAAUUUAUCCUCUGUAGACGCCGCUCCACUUCUAUGUGGUGGUAUAACUGGAUUCAAACCCCUACUUUCUGCAGGUGUAAAACCAGGAAGCAAAGUAGGUGUAAAUGGAAUUGGAGGCAUUGGGCAUAUGUCUAUUUUAUUUGCAAAGGCAUUGGGCGCUGAGGUUACGGCCAUUUCUAGAAGCUACGCAAAAAGAGAUCUUGCUUUCAAAUUAGGUGCCGAUAAUUAUAUCUCGACCGACGAUAAGGAGUCAAUCAGGAAAAAUGUCGAUUCUUUGGAUCUAAUUGUUAAUACUGGCUCCUCCUUUUCAGAAGGUUCGAUUCAAGAAAUUCUAUCUUUAUUAACCGUUGGAGGCAACAUGACAUUCAUUACUGCUCCACCAAGCGACGAAAGACUGGUUCUAAAUUCAGCAGUAUUUCUUGCUAAUAAUAUUUCUAUUGGAGGCUCGACAAUUGGUUCACCAAAAGAAAUUGAGUACAUGUUGAAGGUUGCUUCCGAGAAUCAGAUUAAGCCAUGGAUUGAAACACUCGAUAUUUCAGAGGAAAACGUUCAGAGAGCUUGGAGAAGAAUGAUCGAGGGAGACGUGAGAUUUAGAUUUGUUUUAACCAAUUAUGACAACUAUUUUAAAGUAUAG